AUGGUGUUGGGGUGGGCCCAGAGACUCUUGCUGGUCAUCCUGAUUCUGGCCGGGGUCUGUCUCCAGGGCAUCCAGCUGCAACAGGCCAGACCAGGGGAGCAAAGGAAGCCUUUCUUUGAAAGAUUUCGGCGCCUGGAAGAGCAGUUCCGCCGUUUUCAAGAGGUAACCCUGAUGCGCCUCCAAGAGAUUGCAGCCAAUUACAACAUUUCCUACAACAUAGACGCCAGCUUCGCGCACCUGCAGAGCAGACACGACGCCCUGGAGUUCGCGGCAAACGCGACGCACGCCGCCAUGCAAGAGGAGCUCCAGCAUCUGAAAAGCUGGGCAAAGAAACUGCAGAACAGAACCAAGAAGGCAGACCGGAGGCUCCUGGCCCUGCAAGAAUCCUUGCAGGAGAGGGAGCAGCAGGGCGCCGCAGAGAGGCAGAGGCACGAAGCCCUCCUGUCCAACCUGACUCAAGAAGUUGCAGAGGGCCGGAGGGACACCCAAGCGGUACGGGCCAGCCAGGGAAGCCUGCAGAGGGUGCUGGAGAGCCUGCAGGACGCCCUGAAGAACCAGGGAGCCAAGCUGGCCGAACUGGAACAGCUGGUGAAGAGUCCCCCUGGGCACAACGAAGUCCUCUUGCCCAGCCCCCUGGCGGCAGCUCCCCUGCUGGACCGGGACCCCCCGGAGAAGGAGCCGGAGGAGGCCGGCGGACAGAGUCCGACCUUGAAGAAACUGCGGGCCAAACACCGGCAAAAGAAGAAACUGCAGCAGGAGCACCGUCGCCUGGCAGCCCAGGUGCAGAACGGAUCCCUGCUGGGCCAGAAGCCACAUCCGCAGGGGACGGAGCCGGAGUCGCCCCCUCGGCCGCAGCCUCAAACACUCAGGCAGGAGCGCCCAGUCAUGGACAAGGCCUUUGAAGAUCGGGAGGGGCCCAAAGCCCCUCGUCCCCCAGGAACAAUCUGCAACGUGGGUGCCAUGCUGGUUUUCCCCAACGCUUCCACGGAGAACUUUGCCACCUUCGGGCUGAGCUUCCACACCAGCCUGCUGGAGCUCAGCCUCUGCAGCUGGGUGAGGACCGGCGCACGCUACCUGGGCACCAUCCUGUCCUACGCCACCGAGGACAACGACAACAAGCUGGUGCUGCAUGGCAGAGACGCGGCGCCCCGCAACGCCGUCCACUUUGUCAUCGGAGAUCCGGCCUUUCGGGAGCUGCCGGUGGGGCGGCUCCUCGACGGCCGGUGGCACCACCUGUGCAUCAUCUGGUCCUCCAUCCAGGGCCGGUACUGGUUCUACGUCGACAGGAGGCUGGCUGCCAUGGGCUCCAGGUUCCAGAAGGGCUACGAGAUUCCCGGGCGAGGGUCUCUCAUCCUGGGCCAGGAGCAGGACACGCUCGGUGGGGGGUUUGAACCCUCCGAGGCUUUCGUGGGGUUUCUGGCCGGUUUGGCCAUGUGGGACCGUGCGCUGUCGCCAGGGGAGGUAUCCGGCAUCGCCACCGGGAAUGGCCUCCCUCGGGGCCCGAUCCUCUCUCUGGCGAACGUCACACAGCUCAGCGGGGCCGUGCAGAAGGUCAGCUGCACCUGCCUCGAACACUGCCUGUGA